UGCAACCUAAGCUAGUGGAGCUAGCAGCUAAGCUAGCUGGUGGUGUAUCUUCAACAUCACUUAUGCACAUCAUGUGCCUACUACUACACUUGUGGCCAUGAAUUUGUCAGUGAAUUUUACUUCUUUAAGAAAAAUUACAAAUUACAAGAGCAUUAAUUACUAUUCUAAAAUCUUCAUGGAGCCUAUAAAUAUUGGAGUUUGAGUGACCAUUUAGAGCACUAAAAAGAGUUGCUAAGAAGAUGGAAAUAAGGGAGAGAAAAGAUUCCCAAGUCCAAAGACCAAAGGGUGGGAUGAUCACUAUGCCCUUCAUUUUUGCGAAUGAGGUAUGUGAGAAGUUGGCUGUGGUGGGAUUUGGCACCAAUAUGUUGAGUUAUUUAACACAAGAGCUUCAUAUGCCAUUAACAAAGGCAGCCAACACAAACACAAACUACAGCGGAACUUCAAGCUUGACUCCUCUCCUCGGCGCCUUCAUCUCCGACGCCUAUGUUGGCCGCUUCUGGACCAUCACUGUUGCUUCCAUUCUUUAUCAGAUGGGGCUGACUGGCUUGACAAUAUCAGCAGUACUACCACAAUUAAGACCUCCCCCAUGUAAAGGUGAUCAUCAUCAUAAUAAUCAAUCACUCUGCCAAGAAGCCAAUGGUGGACAGCUGGCAAUCCUCUAUGGAACACUCUUCCUAUGUGCUUUAGGGGCAGGUGGGUACCGACCCUGUAUUGUGGCAUUUGGGGCGGACCAAUUCGACGAAACGGAUCCUAAACAAAAGGUCCAAACAUGGACCUUCUUCAAUUGGUACUAUUUUUGUAAUGGGGCUUCAAUGCUUGUUGCUGUCACAGUGAUUGUCUAUAUUCAAGACAAUGUUGGGUGGGGUUGGGGACUUGGAAUUCCCACCAUAGCCAUGUUUCUUUCUAUCAUCACCUUUGUUUUCGGGUACCCGAUGUAUCGGAACCUGGACCCAUCCGGUAGCCCGUUUACCCGAUUGGUACAAGUUUGUGUGGCUGCUUUUAAGAAGAGAAAUUUGGCUAGGGUUUCUGAUCCCAAAUUGCUCUAUGAGAAUGAUCAACUUGAUGCUUCUAUUUCUUUGGCAGGAAAGCUUCUACAUACUAAACAGAUGAAAUUUUUGGACAAGGCAACCACUGUGACCGAAGAAGACGACCUAAAAUCACCCAACCUAUGGAGGCUAAACACUGUCCACCGUGUCGAAGAACUAAAAUCAAUGAUUCGAAUGGGACCUAUAUGGGCUACCGGAAUCAUCUUCAUCACCGCCUACUCCCAACAAACCACCUUAUUAAGCCCUUCCGCCACAAUAUUAAAUAGAAAAGGUGAUAACGGGUCCCCUUGUCUCAGCCCUCUCUGA